AUGAAGUUGAAGCUUCUAAUUCCAACUCUCUUAUCCACUCUCAUCUCUUCCUUUUAUAUAACAUCUCCCCAACCCCUUAAAACUACCACAACCACCAUCAUUGUUGCCAUCGACGCCAUCACCAAUACAUCGAUCCCUUUCGACUCUGAUGGUCAUGAGGUCCAACCAGGGUUAAAAUACCAUAUAACCCCAAUCCAAUCAAACGAUAGUGGUGGUGGUGGCCUCUCUCUUGCUUCACGAGAUGGUAUUUGUCCUCCCUUUGUUGUUCAAGAAAACACCCAACUCUCAAACGGUCUCCCUCUUAGAUUUGUACCACUUGACACAAAACAAAAUUCCAUAACCUUGUCGAGUGAUCUCAAUAUUUUGUUUAAUGCUGCAACAAUAUGUGUUCAGUCCACUGUAUGGAGGGUGAUCAAUGGUGGUGGUUUUGGUGGUGGAAAGUACUACGUGAGGAGUGGCGGCGUGGUGGGUCGGCCAGGGGUAGCUACCACUCAAUUUCCCAGUUGGAUAAAUCUUAAAAUAUCGGUUCACAUGGCUGCUAAUGAACCAAAGACUGUUCCUCCUGAUACUGCACCUAAGUCAACCGCCAAUAUUUCAGAAGUUCCUACAGCUGCUUCUGAACCAAAGACUCAGAAGGAUGUUUCUCCUAAUAUUGAUGCACCCAAGUCAGAAGCUCCCAAGGCUGGCACUGAACCAAAGACUGAAACAGAUGCUCCUCCGGCCAAUACACCCAAAGUUUCACAAAUAAAAACGGUGAAAGUGAGUAAUAUCUCAGUCGCUGUCACCAAAAAAGACAUCUGGGAGUUCUUCAACUUUUCCGGUGAUAUCCAUUACAUUGAAAUGAAAAGUGAAAGUGAAACCACACAACAGGCGUUUGUUACUUUCAAGGAAUCACAGGGAGCAGACACAGCAGUUCUGUUGACUGGAGCCACAAUUGCGGAUCUAUCAGUGUCGGUAAGCUUAAUGGAGAAUUACCAGCUGCCACCAGAUGCUCCACCUACAGAUACAGAUAAGAAAGGCGAAGUUGUACAAAAGGCUGAAGAGGUUGUAAGCACGAUGCUGGCCAAGGGUUUUGUUUUAGGAAAAGACGCACUAAAAAAAGCUCAGUCGUUUGACGAGAAACAUCAGUUCACAUCCAACGCCUCUGCUAAAGUUGCUGACCUUGACCGGAAAAUGGGUCUAAGUCAAAAAUUAAAAGAAGUGAACGAGCGUUACCAAGUGAGUGAAAAAACACAAUCAGCCAUUGCUGUAGCUGAACAAAAGGCCAACACUCUCAUGGCCAACCCUUACGUGUCAAGUGGGGCCGUUUGGUUUUCUGGUGCUUUUGCUGCGAUUACAAAGGCAGCUGAAGGUGUGGGGUCCAAGACUAAAGAGAAGGUUGACAAAGAGGAAAAGGAGAGGUCAAACUCAAACAUAAACACAGUUAACAAUAAUGAAAAGGAGACCUCAAGCUCAAACUCAAACACAAACUCAACCUCAACCUCAACCACAGUUAACAAUAGUGAUGAAUCUUUGGUCAAAGGGUCUCCUGUUAACUCAAAGACAGUUAACAAUGGUGAUAAAUCUUCAGUUGUCAAAGACAAAUCGUCCAAUGAAAAGAACAAGCUUCCAGAACUUUGAAAUGUUAUUCUACUCAAUCUAUACAGAUUGCAUAUGACAUAUCUUCUUGCUAUAUAGUAUGAGUAUGUAAUAUGUUUACAACAUGAGGU